AUAGGAGCUUGCAAAUGGUUCAACUCACUCAGCCCUUUGAAGAAUUAUGGUGCAUGAGUGAUGGAUAUUUAAAUCGGAUUUCCAUUUUGAAAUUCAAGCACAAGAAAGAAAAAGCUCUGAGUAAGAAUGCCACAGUUGUUGUUUUUAAUCAAUCUGACCAGGUCCUGUGAUUAAAAAAAAGCUUUUUGCAGAUUCCCAUUGUGACUUCUUAAAGGACCUUUGGAGCAAGAUCAUAUUUCUAAAUAGCUGUGCAGUGAACAAGGACAAUGAAGCAGGGGGGGAUAUUCGAGUCCAUUGAAAGCGGUCCAUCAGGUGCUGAGGAACUAGCCUUUAAAUUUGCUUUAAACACAAUCAACAGGAACAGAACCCUACUGCCAAACACCACGCUCACCUACGACAUCCAAAGGAUAAACAUCUAUGACAGCUUUGAGGCCUCCAGGAAAGCCUGCGACCAGCUCUCUCUGGGGGUGGCGGCCAUCUUUGGUCCCUCUCACAGUUCCUCGGCCAAUGCGGUCCAGUCCAUUUGCAAUGCCCUGGGGGUGCCACAUAUCCAGACUAAGUGGAAGCACCAAGUAUCGGACAACAGAGACAUCUUCUAUGUUAGCCUCUAUCCAGACUUCUCUUCCCUCAGUCGGGCCAUCCUAGACCUGGUCCACUUCUUCAAGUGGAAGACGGUCACUGUGGUUUAUGAUGACAGCACUGGUCUGAUUCGGUUGCAAGAACUUAUAAAGGCGCCAUCCCGCUACAACAUCCGGUUAAAGAUCCGGCAGCUGCCUGCAGAGACCAAGGAUGCUAAGCCACUGUUAAAAGAGAUGAAGAGAGGGAAGGAGUUCCACAUCAUCUUUGACUGUGGCCACGAAAUGGCUGCUGGGAUACUGAAGCAGGCUCUCGCCAUGGGGAUGAUGACAGAGUAUUAUCACUACAUCUUCACCACACUGGAUCUGUUUGCACUGGACGUGGAGCCUUACCGAUACAGUGGUGUGAACAUGACGGGCUUCAGGAUCCUCAACACUGAGAACAGCCAAGUGGCCUCCAUCAUAGAGAAAUGGUCCAUGGAGCGCCUGCAGGCUCCACCCAAACCUGACUCUGGUCUACUGGACGGCUUCAUGACCACGGACGCCGCGCUGAUGUACGAUGCCGUGCACGUGGUGGCCGUGGCUGUGCAGCAGUCUCAGCAGAUCACUGUCAGCUCAUUACAGUGCAACCGACACAAGCCCUGGCGCUUCGGGAACCGCUUCAUGGCCCUCAUCAAAGAGGCCCACUGGGAUGGCCUGACCGGGAGAAUCACUUUUAACCGGACCAAUGGCUUGAGGACAGACUUCGACCUUGAUGUCAUCAGUCUGAAGGAGGAGGGUCUUGAGAAGAUUGGUACCUGGGAUCCCCCAAGUGGCCUGAACAUGACGGACAACCAGCGGGGGAAGACAACUAACGUCUCUGAUUCUUUAUCCAAUCGAUCCCUGAUUGUCUCCACCAUACUGGAGGAGCCAUAUGUGAUGUUCAAGAAGUCUGACAAGCCGCUGUAUGGGAACGACCGCUUUGAGGGCUACUGCAUAGACCUGCUGAGAGAGCUGGCCAACAUCCUGGGCUUCACUUACGAGGUCCGCCUGGUGGAAGAUGGGAGAUACGGUGCCCAGGAUGAGAACACGGGCCAGUGGAAUGGCAUGGUCAAGGAGCUAAUGGACCAUAGAGCUGAUCUGGCAGUGGCUCCCCUCGCCAUCACAUAUGCACGCGAGAAGAUUGUCGACUUCUCUAAGCCCUUCAUGACGCUGGGUAUAAGUAUACUGUACCGCAAGCCCAACGGGACCAACCCUGGGGUCUUCUCCUUCCUCAACCCCCUCUCGCCUGAUAUCUGGAUGUAUAUUCUGCUGGCUUACUUGGGUGUCAGUUGUGUGCUGUUUGUCAUAGCCAGGUUUAGUCCCUACGAGUGGUAUAACCCCCACCCUUGCAACCCUGACUCGGAUGUAGUGGAAAACAAUUUCACCCUGCUAAAUAGUUUCUGGUUUGGAGUUGGAGCUCUCAUGCAGCAAGGAUCUGAGCUCAUGCCGAAAGCCCUCUCCACCAGAAUUGUAGGAGGAAUCUGGUGGUUUUUCACGCUUAUCAUCAUCUCCUCCUACACGGCGAACCUGGCAGCCUUCCUCACCGUGGAGAGGAUGGAGUCGCCCAUUGACUCUGCUGACGACUUAGCCAAGCAGACGAAGAUAGAAUACGGGGUGGUAGAGGAUGGCUCCACCAUGACCUUCUUCAAGGUUAGUUACAGCUGGAUAUCAUGAACCAACUAGAGUCCUUUACUGCUCUGUAUCACCCAGCACAUUACAGAUGCACAAUAUGGGUAUGUCAAGGUUUAUUAUAAACUUUGAGAUGGUUGAUGCAGCCAUAUUCAUGACACGUCUGCAAGGUAAAUAUUAAUAGUGUAAUACAUGACAUCGGAGAGCUUUUUUAUUGGACACUAAAACUCACUAAUGAAAUGCUAAGAGGGUUAGUUCCUGUUGAGUGAUCAACUUCAUGUAGCCACCGAAUUGAUAGAAGACAAGAAGGCGUUUAGUUUAGAAAUAUUAGUUAUUUCUUUAAUGGUUGACGGCAGAAAUAAAUGUCUUAGUUGAUCUCGGCUUUGUUAGGUUCAAGAACCUCUCGAAACUGUAGGAGAGCCGCACGUGGUUUGGCUGUGCCAAAAAGUCAGCCGGCUCAAAUUAUAAUCAAAAGUAUUUAAUACUACAGAAGCUAAAACAAUUGCAAAGUGAAGUACACUAUUUACAGUAUCUAUAGAUAUAUAUUUACAGUAUCGAUAUAGAAAUAUGAUCCGCACGGAAAAGCAGUCAUACACACCACCUGGAUGACAAUGAGAUGAACAGAAUGAAUGCCCUCUCUGAAUUUCCUUAUAUAGUUCGUAAAUGUUCACAAAAUGUCCGUCUUUGUUUCUAUUGGUUAAAUCCAGCUGGCUCCUCCUUCUCGCAUCAGCCAGCUAGAGGACCCUGAGCGCAGGUGUGAUGUUUCCUUCUGCGUGUCCCUGUAAAUCCUUGUCUGACCCUUGACCAUUCUUCACAGUUUAAUACAUUCAAUGAUUGUCUUUGAUGGCUAAACGCUUCUGUAACCGGUUGUAUAUGGACCCAAAUGCAACACACCAGAUUCCAGGGAUCUUUGGCUUUAUUACAAACUUCCAGAUACAGCAGGCAGAGUUUAAUCAGAGUCAGGAUCAGAAGGCUGCUGGGUUUACCGGGAGCCAGGCAAGGUGGGUAGAACAGGGGCAGGCAGGGUCGGUAACAGGCGAUCAAUCCGUGGGAGCGUGCUGGA